AUGCACAAGUCGAGCAGCGAAAACCCGUCGCUAUCCCCUCCGCUGCUGCUGCCGUUGCACCGGCAUGUGGAGCGCAUUGCCCGUGCCUGGCCGCACAAAGCGGCCAUCCAGACGUACGACGGCGUGUUUUGGAGCUACUCGCAGCUGCAUCGCAUCUCAGUUGGCCUUGGGGCGCGUAUCGCUCGCCAGCUAGCCCUAGCUCCCGGGAGCUUGGUGCCGGUGGCGCUCGAGAAACGCGCCUCGUCGGUCGCCCUUAUCCUUGCACUCUUCUGGCUUAGGUGCGCCUACGUACCCUGCGACCCGAGUCAGCCUCAGGCCAGGCUCCAUCGCAUUCUCGAUCAGCUCAACUCGCACCUCCUCCUCGCCAACGGAACCAUCGACUCGUCGGUCAGCCGCAAGGUCGAAGUGAUCAACGUCGAGGCUUGGGUGCGCGAACUCGAAGGCCAAGGAUCUCUUGAGUGUGUAUCCUUGUCCUCGGACGACGGCGUCCCUUUUCUUUUUACCAGCGGCUCAACUGGCACGCCCAAGGGCGUCAAAGUCUCGCAUCGAUCGGUGGCCGCAUCCAUCGCUGCGCAGCAGGCGCUUUAUGGCACGCGACAACAGCAAGAGUGUGGCAACGCGUUUGGUGCGCCGCUGUGGACCCAUCGGUGUCUGCAGUUCUCGCAGUUCUCGUUUGACUGGAGCGUGUGGGACCUGACCAUGCUGGCGUCUGGCGCGUGCCUCUGUCUGCGCGAUCUGACUGAUAUGCUUCCCGAGAUGGGCGACACCCUGAGCUGUCUGCGAGUCACGUUGCUGCAGACGACGCCGACGGUGGCCAAGCUGUUUACGCCCAGCGAGGCUCGGCAUCUCGAUCUACUGUGUCUGUCGGGCGAGCCUCUGGUCGACGACGUUCGCAACGUCUGGGCGCCUCACGUGCGCUUGAUCAAUGCGUACGGCAUCACCGAGAUCACGGUUGUCUGUUGUGCCCAGGACCGCUUCACUGUUGACAUGCCCGCCUCGCUGAUUGGGAACGCCCUCGGCACCUCGCGCCUCCUGGUUCUGGACGACAACAACGAACCCUGCGCGCUUGAUUGCCCAGGUGAGCUGCUGGUUUGCGGUGACCAGAUAGCCGAGGGGUAUUUUCGCGAUCCCGAGCGCACAGCUGCUGCAUUUGUGAGGCUUCGGGACGGAGCCAAGGCCUAUCGGAGUGGGGACCUUGUGGUAUUUGACUCGGCGCUCAAUGCACUCCGGUACCUGCGCCGCAAGGACUGCCAGGUCAACAUCAAAGGCCUCCGCAUCGAGCUCGGCGAGGUUCAAGUGGGACUCACGCGCUCAGCCUCGGCUCAGAUGCCCAUCUGCGCGGUAGACGUCGAGGCGAUGGGUAACGAGCUCGUUGCCUUUGUCGUUUUCGAGCCCAGCUUCAGCCGAUCGGAGGAGCCCAACAAGAUCAAGAAGACAGGCCCCGCGACCACCCAGGAGAUUGAGAUCGACACGUCGUCCAGCCGGCAGGCACUACAGGAGCUCGCGGUGCAAGCACGGACCGAGCUACCUCGCUACAUGGUGCCGACAGUUUGGAUCGCGCUCGCUGAGCUACCCUUGGUCUCGAGCGGCAAGCUCGACAAGCGCAAACUCGAUCAGGUAUACCAACGCCACCUGGAGACGUGGUGCACCGCACAGACGCAACGCAAGAGCACCCCCGACGACGAUAACCACAAGAACAAAGAAGGCCCUAGAUCGGCGAAGGGCCCAAUGAUGACCAGUGUCCUGGAGGCCUGGUCGCACGUGCUUGGUCGGGAUCGCAAGAGCAUCAGCUCCAAUGUCGAGUUUGGCUUUCUUGGAGGCGACUCGAUUCUGGCGAUCCGACUCAGCUCGCAUCUGCGUCGACUGGGCAUUGGGCUGAGC